UGACGCUCUGUUUCGCUCCGGCGCGUGCGCAUGCGCACUGUCUCUCUCUCUGGGCCUGAUGGGGGCGACGGCGCAUGCGCGGAAUAUCGCUUCCGCCUUUUCCUUGGCCCGGAGCUGACCGGACGCGUUUAGCGCGGUGUGAACGGAGCGGCGGAGCCCGGAGGAGCGGAGCGAGGCGGCCGCGGUGCCAUGAGGCCGCAACAAGCGCCCGUGUCGGGCAAAGUGUUCAUCCAGCGUGAUUACAGCGGGGGGACCCGCUGUCAGUUCCAGAGCAAGUUCCCGGCCGAGCUGGAGAACCGGAUCGAUAGGCAGCAGUUUGAAGAGACUGUCCGGACACUGAAUAACCUUUAUGCUGAAGCUGAGAAGCUUGGGGGCCAGUCAUACCUUGAGGGGUGUCUGGCCUGUCUGACUGCCUAUACUAUCUUCUUGUGCAUGGAAACACAUUAUGAAAAGGUUCUAAAGAAAAUUGCCAAGUUCAUUCAGGAACAGAACGAGAAGAUCUAUGCUCCUCAGGGCCUCCUUCUGACCGAUCCCAUUGAAAGAGGACUAAGAGUUAUUGAAAUUACCAUUUAUGAAGACAGAGGCAUGAGCAGUGGAAGAUAAAACUGUGGAGUCUCAGACAGCUCAACAGUGGACUUGCUGUAUCAGUUCCCCUACCUCCUACUUUAGAGCAUCAUUCCUCUUUCUGCUGCCAGAUCCACAGUGCCAUUUUCUACAGGGACUGACUUCCUAAAACUACUCCACGUGGUGUGACCCAGCUGGUCAGCAUUCAUUUUGUGGCGAAUUAUUGAGCCUUGAGAUCACUUUUAAGUUCCUAAAGGAAACGCAGAAGUGGUGAAGCUGCAUAUUCUUCUGACAGAACCGCAUUAACCCAACAGAAGUUGGCUCUAGUCAUGUAAAUGUGGUGCCGUUCCUCCCCACUUCUUAAAUCUUUCUGAUUGGGCUUUGGAAACCUACAAGUCAGAGUGGAAUUUUCCAGAAGAAAGGCUUUCCCUCGAGGUCAGUAUUGCAGUGAGGGGAUACGCAGUGCCUCUUCCCAGUGCAAAAUGACUCAAGGCAAUGAGCGUUGGAAGCGUCCUGUACUGAUUCUUAUGGAAAAACUAGAAGGCAAAAAAUGUUUCUCGUUUUAAUGUUUUGGUUAUUCCUAGAAGAGAGGGACUUUAUUCCUGGUGUUUUUUCUACUGCUGUGUAUGUGCUGUUGUAUGUCAGUGCUGAGCAGAAGAGGGAGAGUCUAUAAAACAGGAAGUACAAUAAAAUGGAUGCUGAACCAAUAAACAUAACUCUUCCCCUUCUCUGAUUAAUACGUGAAGUGUAAAACUGUUUCUUUAUGAAUUUAUUAUAACUUAUAGGAAAACACUGAUUCGACAGAGCUGUUGUGUGGGAUGGUCUCAUCACUCUUUGCCUGCUGGCGCACUAUUGAGCUGUGUGUUAUUUCCUCUCUUUUUGCAUUGACAUUCCUCAGCAAUACCUAAAGCACGUUCCUAGGAACCAGGUUUGGGUUCAUUCUUUUCUCUUUGCUCUUCUCAAGGAAAAAUAUGUUCAGAAUUGAGCCAUGAUCCAAUUAUAGAAGGAAUUCAAGAGCUUAGGAAUAAUAUAGGAGAGAUGGAGUGUUUUGGCUUUUGGUGGUGCUGUAGGUGCUACUGCGUCUGAAAUUCCAGCCUUGUUCCUCAGCCAGUAACUUCUGUUUUGUGGGGUUUUUUGUUUUAAUUUAAUAUUCUAACUGUAUAAAACUUGUUUUCUAAGCUGUGGUUGCCUUUCAUGUUUGUUGCGAUACUGGCAGAAGUACUAAUGGAUCAGUAAAUUUUUUCUUAAACCGUG